CAAAAUGGCGGAAACGUCAUAACACAGUUCCAAUAGUUUUUGAAUAAUAAAAUUCAAUAAAAAUGUCGGAAUAUGUGGCAAAUAUUGCUGAGCAAUAUUUUAGUACGCUAAAUCCAAUAGCCGCCCGUUUACAUUCCGACAUAAUUGAAACAAAAAACGCAUACGAAAAAUUAUGGGAUCAGUUAAGUCCCCAGGAACAAUCGCAGAUUAUCAACGAAUCAAUUAUAAAACCUGAAGUGUUAUUAAAGUAUGGAUUGUACACGAAAUCGGAUAAAGAAGAGAAACAAGUUUAUGGACAGAAGAUUAUCCAUGACGAACAUUUUGCGUAUCGUGAUGAAUUCUCAGCACCGUUCAGUUACAAAACACAAUCUCAAAUGGAUUUGAGGGUGUUUUCUGAAGCUCCGGUAUUACCAGGGAGUCCUUUAUUAAAGUCGGAUAUUAUAAAUAAGAAUGUGAGUUCGAAUAAGGAGAAGGAAAUAUUUGCGGAUAAAUUGAAUAUUUUAAUCGAUGAUGGGGUUAAAUAUAAUAUUCCAAGUUUUGAUAACUAUGAUGAUAAUAUCUCCAAAUACGAAGAUAAUAUAUCAAAAAAUUCAUCUCCUUCAGAAACGAUGAACGAAACACCUUCGGAUACGAGUCAAGAUGAGAAAACUUGCCUGUUACCAGCUGCAAAUGUAUUAAAGACUGGAUAUGAUUUCUUAGAUAAUUGGUGAAUCUCAUCGAAUAUAUCGAUAUUUUUAUUAUAAACGAUAUUUCUAAAAAUAUUUUAUAUACCUAUAUUAUUAUCUGCAAUUAUUAACCAAUUAUCGCACUGUAUCGAUACACGAUUAUAUAAUCUAUAUAUAUAUUUAUAUAUCUACCUCUUUUAUUAACGUAUUU